CCCUAUAUCUCACAAUUACUAACACAUAAUUCGAUGUAUUCGUUUCUCAGCUACAGCAAUCUCAGCCAUUUGUAUCAAUAUAUACAAUGACACUGGCCCAGGGAAUGUGGGAGCCUCUCACCUGGUUACAAAAUAAAGUUUAAAUAACAAACACUAAAUUAAAUUAAGACUCAUCAAACAGGUAGCAAUUAGCGUUAUUCUCACAGCCGAUCUUUGUGUUUAUGCAAGAGGUUUAAUAUCAUCAGAAGAAAUUCACCAAGUUAUCCAAUCCGAGCAUUCGUUAGACAAUGAGUGAGGAAAUGAAAGUGAUUUUGUGUUACGUUAUGGCGACAGAACAAGUUGCGCUACAAUUACACUAGUUAUUUUAUUAUUAUUUUUUGUUAAUAUUGUUAUAAGACUUUCUUAUAUUUGGGCUUUGUCCGUGUUUGUGUAACAGGGCUGUUAGAAUAAUAUAUUGUUUGUUACAUAAAUAGGAUGAAUGAUGGAUUGAAAUUUUCAUUAAUAUAUUGCUUUAGAUCUAUUUGCAUUGACAAUGCAGUUUAUAUUUAUGUUAAGGAGAUGGAAUCUCAUUUUUUAAUUAUUUUGUUAAUAUAUUUCCGUUUUAAAAAUAAUAUUGAUAAUUUUUUCACAGUCGAAAAUACAAUAGUUACCUCUUAAUUUUUUUAUAAUGCAUUUAUAAUAUUAAGAUUAUAAAAAUUAUUUAAUUAAUUUUAUGUUUGUUAUCGGUUAUAAAUUUGAUUAUUUAUGACCCCUUUUCAACUAUCUCAAAUGGCUGGAGCUACCGAAAUUGCGCCACAAUUGAAAUUUUCUCGCCCACCCACGUUAAAUACGUGUUCAAUUGCUAAUACCAUUAUCAACUUUCAUUGCAUCAUCAUCACGUUAAUUAUAUUGUUUGUCCGCGGCCACCGCUUGUGAUAGCAAUUUAAAAGCUAUCUGUUUAGCUCAUCAGGUUUUAAAGUCGUCCAAUGUUUGCUAAGAGUCAUCGGAUGGAUGCAAACAUCUCACGGGCUGGUAGGCAACAGCGCUCCGGCGUAGGCGCUGGCGGUACACAUUGCAACGUGCCGUUUCAAAUCCAAGGUCUUUCCUAGUGGAAGAGAACGGAGUUUCCUGCGACCGCCUAUCUCUCGCACACGGACACGCGCACGUGCACACACACGCGCCCACGUGUCAAUUCUUUGUGUUUCAAUAUUUCCUAGCUACCGUUGAGGCAUCUUCUUUUUGUGCCAACCACGGGCGUUUGAAGUUUGAGCCUCCGAGCGCUUCAUUAUAUAGGCGACGGGCGAUGCGCGCGCGCUCAGUUAGUGUGUCACUGGAGCCGCCGCGAGAGGUGGCCUGCAAGGACCGUGUACCACGCCGCCAACCUUUUUUUCUGUGCGUGCGAUGUUUUCACUUUCGUCAUUUUGACCGGGCCAGUUUGAAUUGACGUCGCCCGCGCACGGACGUGUCUAAGAUCGGACGUUGUGAUUAUCCUGUGAUCGCUGGUGCUUCGGAUUGUUUGUUUUUUUUUUACACAUAUAUAUUGUAUGAAAAUUGUUGUAUUGUGCGAAAUGGCUGUGAUACAGUGCUAAGUAAUAUGUUCGAUAGCGACAUCCUUUAUAAUUUUUACAAUGAGCUUGCCAAUCGUAGUGCUCUACAGUUUGCAAGUGCUGGAAUGAUGGGCGAGGGGCUGCUGACGCUGACGUACGGCAAGCACCACGCCUGCAUAUUGAACGAGGUGGGUGCUGCGUGGCGCGGCGCCCGAUACUCCGACCUCAUCAUCGUGUGUGACGACGCGGUGCCGCUGGCCGCGCAUCGCAUCGUCAUGGCGGCCGCCAGCCCUCUCAUCAGAAAAAUUCUCGAUGAGUCCCCAUCCAUCGAGUAUCCCGUCACCAUUCAUAUGUCAGGGAUAAGCAGUACGCUAAUGAAGCAUCUUCUGGUGUUCUUGUACAGUGGACAAGCAUAUAUAGAGGUGAGCAUAUUAUACUAAACUUUAAAAAUCAUUCAAAUCAUAUUAAAUGAACUAUAAUAAUUCUUCUUAAUGAAAAUAAGUAUAAGUAUAGCAUUAUGAAUGCAAAAUUGAUCAAAUAUUAUAUCUUUUAUUAUUGCCUAUUUGUUUAGAGUUUGGAUUAUUACAAUAAUGGAGUUAUUAAAGCAUGCUUAUGUUUAUUUCCAGUCUGGUGAGAUUGAUGACAUGCAAGAACUAUUUGAACUUCUCGAAAUCAAAUCUGACGUAUGGAAAUCGACAAAGGAACGGCAACAAGCGGAAGAACGGAGUAGAACGUGCGAACAACUCAAGUCUAAGACAGAUAUCAACAGUAACGAGAGCAGUAAACAUGACGCACCUUCCGGCUCUUCACAUUCAGAAAGUGACUCGAUAACACCUAGUGCAGGAUACAGUAAAGAGAUGCAGAACCCAGGCGACUCGGAAUCACUCAGUAUAAAGAAGGAAAACAUGUACACGAGUAGUAAUGACGAAAGGGAUGAGGAUGAACAGGACAGUGAAAAUAGAGAUAAGGAAUGUCGAAGGUUGACGUCGCGGCGGAGAAGUUCGUCUAAUCCAGUUAACUUAUCUGUACAAAGGAAUUCUGAAAAUACAGGCAGCGAACAUGACGACUCCCAAGACGUGGACGUCGAAACGGUCGCGGCUAAGAACAUAGGCAGAAGAAGAUCGACGUCGUCGAGUCAGGAUGAUCCACCCCCGGAAACAGUGUACAGACGACAGCUUCUCAGCGAUCGCCUGAGCAGAGGCAUCGAGAGGGCGAAACGAAAAUCGCACUAUCUCGAACCGCCUGAACUCGAUUUGCGGACGGUGAAACUCGAAGACUACGCGCAUCUGAAAACGCCCGACCAAGAUCUAAUGUCCCUCGUCCAGACGUCGCCCGAGAGCUACGUCGUAACGCCGCAUCGAAAGCGGCGGCCCGGCUUUCACAACUCGCCUUCACAGAAUCCGCCGUUCGUCUCGUUUCCUCCGAGCUACCUCGAGGAGAUGGCGCAGCUGCGGUACGCGGGGGGCGCGGGAGCGGCGGCGGCGGCGAGCGCGCGUCUGGCGGCGCUGCACCCGCUGAGCGCGUCAGCGCCGCCGUACCUGCCGGAGCGCGCCGGCACGCCGCCCGCCGCCGCGCCGCACGAGGACGCCCUCAGUAAGUACCGGCCCCCCUCCGCCGGCCCCUGGAGCCCGUGGCUGUGCGCGCCCCCGCCCGGCACCGACGACGCGCCUCCCGAGCACGACCCCGGCUCCAGCAAGCAGGCACCCGUGCGCGAAUACCGCUGCGAGUAUUGCGGCAAACAGUUCGGCAUGUCCUGGAAUCUCAAGACGCACCUCCGGGUCCACACCGGGGAGAAGCCGUUCGCGUGUCGGCUCUGCGUCGCGAUGUUCAAGCAGAAGGCGCAUCUCCUGAAACACUUAUGCUCGGUCCACCGGAACGUGAUAUCGUCGAGCGAGAACGACGGCCGGACGAACACGCCGGGCCGUUUCAACUGUUGCUUCUGUCAGCUGACGUUCGAAGCGCUGCCGGAGCUGAUCCGGCAUUUGUCAGGGCCGCACAACAGUCUGCUGCUCAGCAAGAACUUGCACGAAUGACGUCCGCCGCCGUGCCCGAGGCCGUGCGACUCCUCUCUCUUUGAGAGUUCAAAUGUGAUAUGCGUUCGAGAAGGACGUAGGGUUAAGUGUUAGUUUUAAGAGGUGUGAUGUUGCCGAGCGACGUCCGCGGUGAAAUGUCCGCGGCCGGUGCGGGUGCGACGACUAAUAAUUUAUAAAAAUCACGAGUCCGCCGAGCGGGUCCGGGUCGUUGUAAUUUGUUUAAAAAUUAUAAUUGGGGCCCGGCGACUUCCGGAUAGUAUUUAUUUGAAAUAUGUAUUUCGUUAGGGUAAAUAUUAUUUAAAAAGCCACCGACGCAUUAAUUCCUUAAGCGUAGACAAUAGUCACGUCCCUGUCGAUGAAAAGUUGCGAAAGAAGCCCAGAGCCGGAGCGACGACGUCGCCUUAACUACCUCCUAAUUUAAAUCAGUAUCUCGACGACACUGGACGACGUCGACGCUAGGGUCUGGGGUUGAUUGCGUAUUUUCGUUUGCGAGAGUAUGCAGUCAAUAACUCUAGUCAGAAUUGGAACUAUGAUUCGUAUAUCGAUACGUAAUGAAAGUAUCAAGUAUCUCUAUAUAUACCUAUAUAGAUCGUAUUGGUAUUUUCUUGUGAAGUUUAAUCACUUCGUUUUAUCUAAAAAGAUAACUUACAAUUUGUAAGCAUCUAAUGUAAUUAAUAAUGAUGUACAUAUUUUAUUUUACGUCUCAAGCGUUAAUUGACCAGACUAUUACAGUAGUAAGUACAAUACAAAUAUGAUUUCAUGAAACAUUUUGUUGUGUUUUAUUGUCCUGUCUAUACAGCCAACUGUCUUCCAUUUAUUUUAAUUACUGAACUUGACUAUAGUAAUAUUAAAUCUGAAAAUUUGAACUUUAUAAACGCACUUACUAAAAAAUAUGGAGUGUAUGUUUGAAAUUAUUAUUUUAGUGAGCGUCUAUAUUGGGUUCAAUUCUAAUCUGUCAUCUACUUAUAUUACUACUACUAUUCUUACGCUUGAGGCAUUCCAAGACUAAAUAGUGCAAUGAAUGCGUCUGUACUCACUCGUUCCAGAGUUGUAUUAAACUGACUUGAUAUUUUUCGCAGCUUUUUAAAGACAUAUAAAAAUCUCAAUAAAUAGGACCUAUCAAUAUACGUAUUUUCUAAAGUAGAAAAAAGAAUGUGUUCGUUUAUAAAUGUACAUUUAACGUUAAUUAUAACGGUAUGCCUCUAAAUCCUUCCAUUCGUUAUACCGUCUUUACACGUUAUGUCGAUUAGCACCAAAGAUAUGUAAAACGUAUUUUAUAUUCGUCAGACGACGAUGUUUGGUGUAUAGGACAGACAAAUAAGAGAAAUUAAAGGGACCUGAAAUUAUAAAUGAUUUGUUAAUCUUAACUAUUGUAGGUACCAAUUUGAUAAUCUCACUUUAGUUACUAACUCGGUAUACAUCUUUAAACAAUUCCGUAAUUACACUACUCGUACGUACGAUGCUUGUAUAAUGUAUAUGUUUCUAUUUUUGGAUUAAUUUACUGUUUAGUAUUAAUACCAGGCAUUAUUUUUUUAAAAGCUUCUCUCUUUUUUUUAAUUGUUGAAUUAUAUUUUUCAAAACCAAUUUCUAUGUUGAAUACGUUUUUGUGGCCAGUUAUUAGCGAACUUUUUUAUAGUGAAAGGCUGGGUGUUCAUAAUUAUAAUCCUCUUUAAGGUUUAAGUUAAACGAAACUUUGAUAUUAUGUUUUUUUUUUUAGUUUCCGUGGGUUUCACUCACAUAACACAGAUCCAUAUUUUAUUCGGAACAAGUUUUGCUUUUCAUUAAUACUCAUUUUGUACAAUUCGUACAGCGGUUGUUCGUGAGGCCGAUUCCUGUGUAGCGGCGCUAUGUGCUUCUGAAUGCAAUAUUUGUUUAAGUAGUAAUUCUAUUUCGAUUAAAUAUAAAACUAAAGUUACCAACAUGUUGUUCAAAACUUAGCGUAAAAUAUCAAUUCGAAUUGCUUUAAUGUUUUGUUUUGUACGUUACCUAUCUACCUGAUAACUUUUUUUGUGUAUUGUUUGUUUUAUCGUCGAUUAUUGACGUAUUAUUAAUUGGGGGAACAAAGUAAUUAUUAAGAAAAAUAUCGAUUGUGAUUUCGUGGUAACAUUAGAUUAUUUUAUGUGAUAAUCGUCUGUUUUAAUUGUAAGUAGGCACGUCGGGGACUCAGUCUUCCAUUGCGUUUUCCAUGGUUUCGACUUUAAUGUUUGUAUUAUAUAAAAAAAAUUAGUGUAAGUUUAAAUGCUGCAUGACAAAAUUGCCCCUAACCUUUAACUGCCUACCGUGAUACGAAGUUUCCUAUUCGAACAAAAUGUACAUGAACAAUUCGAUAGUGAUAUGACGAUGGCAGUCUCGUCAUUAGUUGUGAUAAUUGAUGAGCCGGCUGCACCCGGCCCGCCUUACUGUCAAUGCAAGUUAAAUCCUGUAGAUUUUCAAAUUUUUAUAUUGACAUUUCUAAAGGUUUGUUAUCAAUUUAUUGUUAAAAUACACAGUAGAGUUAUUGAAGUAAAAGAAUUUAAAAAUCAUCAAUAAAACAGAAUAAAUGUGUAACUUUAAAUUGUUAACAGACUGGAAAGAUUUGGACUCGUCCGAUAAAACGAAAUAUUAUAUUCUAAUUCAUGACGUUUGUUAAGGAAUAAUGUAAAUAUUAACUAGAUAUUAAGUUGAUGAUCAUAAAAAAAAGCUUAACUUAAACUUGUUGAACUUGAAUAUUGAUUUUUCUCUGUUAAUUGUAAAAUAAAAUUUACUUUGUAAGUUAUCACUUAGUGUACAAUAUUUUUGUAGAUAUUGUUUAGAACAUUAACAUUCUGUAAAAAUGUGUUCUUACCUUAGUAAAUUAAAUAACGGAAAUAUUUUAGUUACCCACAUUAUGUUUCUUUAUUAUUUUAUUGUAAGAGAAUCCUUGUACAGUAAAAAACGGAAAAAAUAUUUUGGUACGUUGAAAAUCGAACAAAAAUACUAGUUUAUUUUACCUACACACCUUAUUAAUCUGUAUUAUUUAUACUAUAUAUAAAACCAAAAUAACUAUUUUUCUUUGUGAAAAUUUAUUAAAAAAGCUACUGUGACCCUAAGUGUGGGCUAUGUUCUAAUAAGAAAACACUCUGAGAAGGAAUUCGAACCCACGACCUUUCGCAAUCCCGGCGACUGCUUUAACCACUGAGCUAUCCAGGACCUAACAGAACUGACGAAUUUUUCAAGCACUUGUUACUUUUUCACUACUACAGAGCGUAUUUUCAUAAACAGCAAGAAAUAUUUUCACAAAUAUUUUUAACUUGCUAAAAAGAUUUCAUUUAUUCUUUUUUAUUUUUUAUUUUUUUUUUUCAUUUUCAUAAGGAAAGUUUUCCAGUACAGCGUUAUGAAUGCAAAAUUAAUCGAAUAUAAUAAUUUUCUUUAGUUACACAUCAUCCAAAUAAAAAUAUUAAGCUUAAUUUUUCCUGUAUAUCUAAGUAUCGCAGAGGAUAAUUCGUUUUACAUAGGAGCAGACAUUAGUAAUACAAUGGCGUCUUGGUAAAUCCAUCAUAUAGGUAUUGUUGUUAUUUUGUCUCCUAUUGAAAAGAAGUGUGUCACAAAGAGGUGUUAUUAAGACGCCA